GAACAUUAAAUGCCGGCGAUUUUUUUCCUGAAAUUGAAGUUAAUAAGGAUAAAUGUAAUAAACUCGAAUGUUCUCAAAAAUCAGCGGAAACGGAAAAUCUUAUCAAAAACAUACAAUAUAGCCUGGUUGUGAAAAUGAUUGAACAAGUAGAUGUGGCGAUUCAUGAAAAGAAGCAUAAGGAAACAGUGAAGCUCGCGGAUUUAUUGAAUGAACUUGAAAACAAAGGUCAAGAAUUAAGUAGCAGUUCUUUUGCAUUAUAUUUGCAAGUUAAGGAACUACGUUAA